UAAAUAUUGUUUUGUGAUGGACCUCGAAAUUAAAUUUUAAAAGAUGUCGACAAUUGAAGAAACAUGCCGGCUGUGCAUGAAUACAGAGGCAAAAACAAAUUUAUUUUCAGCGGAUGGUGAUUUAACACUAGACAAAAAGAUUACUGCUUGUAUUGAUUUAAAGAUUACAAUUGGCGACGGUUUACCUGCAGUCAUUUGCAAAUUGUGUGAGAAUAAUGUUAAAACAUUCUAUGAUUUUAAGCAAAAGUGCUUAUUUAUAGAUUCUAAAUUAAGAAAUGAGCUAGCUAAGAACGCUCAGUAUUCACCAAACAAAUCAACUUUGGAUGGCACUGAUCUGGAUAGUAUAAAAAUGGAUAUUAAAUUAGAAUGUGAAAUUUUUAACAAAAUGGAUAGCGAGUUGAAGAAAACAUUUGAUUCUUGGUUGUCAGAUGAUGCAGACUCGGCGUUUUAUGUGGACUACUUUGAUAAGUUUAGUAACCAAGACGACCAAGUUGCUGGCAAGGAAGAACAAAAUGAAGCUACAUCAGGAAUUGUGAACAAUGUACCACAACAUGAUGAUAAGAAAGUACAACCAAAUAAACAAACCAAAAAAUUGAAGGAGAAAAAGUUACCAAAGAUAUACCAAUGUGAGAUUUGUGGGCGUAUAUUAAAAAACAAAUCAGUAUUACUUAAGCACAUUGCUUCACACUCUGGAAUCAAACAAUUUUCAUGUGAACAUUGUCCAAAAAGAUUCACCAGAGCAGAACACAUGGUUAUUCAUAUGAGAAUACACUUAGGUAUCAAACCAUAUGUUUGCGAAGUAUGUGGAAGAUCGUUUACAAAACGCCAAGAUUUAGUCAGACAUAUGAGAAUUCAUAGUGAUGAUAAGAAUUAUGCCUGCCCCAGAUGUGACCGCAGAUUCAAGCGGUCUGGUGAUGUACAUAGCCAUUUACGAACACACACCGGUGCCAAACCAUACAGCUGUAAUGUAUGUGAUAAAAGUUACACUUCACACAGUGGCCUUAGAAAACAUUACAAAUCACAUUGUAAAAGAGAAAAUACUAUUAUCAAAUGAAAUAGGACAGGUUAUGGUUGAAACAUUUGUCUAUGAAAAUGUGUUUGGUCUUUAUGGAGGGUUAACUGGUUUGAUAUUGUGAUGUAGGCAAGGCAUGGAUUUAGAUUAGGGACAUGGGUAACAAAUAAAGGCUCAAAU